AAUCAGCAAUGAAAAUAUCAAUAUAAUUAUGCGUAACUGGGACAUUAAAAAAUCUUACCAACAUCUGCCGCAGUUAAUGAUACGUAUUUUAUUCAAACACUUACUAUUUAAUCUGUGAUGGAAGAUAUCCUUGGUUCUCCUGGUCCCGGAACAGCCUUUUAUGUAUAUUAUUUUGGGAUGUUUUCUAUUAUUGCUUGUAUAAAUAUACCAGGAAACAUACUGAUCAUUAUAGCCGUUUUUAAAACCCCGAAUCUACAGAAGCCAUGUAAUUUCUGUAUUGCGAGUUUGGCGGUCACAGACUUAUUGAUUGGAUUAGUGUAUCCUGUGUACAAUAUCUCGCACCUGCAACACGUGCCAGAAAUCAGCCGUCCAUUAGGCCAGUGGAAUGUAUGUCGGUUUUUGUUGUGUGAGGUCAUUGCAUUGGACAUCUGCUCAUCCUAUCAUUUAGUAGCCAUCACCAUCAAUCGAUACAUCGCCAUUGUGAACCCAUUACGUUAUCACGUCUACGUCACGACAAGGUCAACUAAAUACGUCAUAGUAUUUAUCUGGGUCAUAUCGCAAGGUGUUUGUGUAAUAAUGUUUACACUCUAUAAUCCAGAGGAAUACAUCCUGAGACAAGAACCCUCAUGUCGGUUCGAGCUCAUUUUUUCUCUGGCUCACAUGUGUGUCUACUUCAUUUUUCAACUGAUUCUGCCAUUAAUAUUAAUGAUUCCCAUGUACGCCAGGAUCGCUAAUAUUGCCAGAACACAGGCAAAGGCUAUAGCAAUUCUAAAACGGCUUCCAUGGCAUAAAGAUAGGGCAUGUUGUUGCCACAUCAAUUAUCACGAAUUAAAGUCAACAUUUUUGGUCUCCAUUCUAUUAGUGUCCUACACAGUUGCCUGGGUGCCUUUUAUGACAUACUCCUUUUACCGAAUACAGUGUGUUAAGGAUUGCUACUUCAGUCCUUUCAUACGAGCAAGCUGCCGAAUAUUGUUGUAUCUCAACUCAGCUAUAAAUAUAUUUAUUUAUGCACUCCGUUUAAAGGAAUUCCGGAAAAGCAUCAAACAUAAGUUGACACAUUUUUUCAGAAUGAUUUUGUGUCGAGAAAAAAAUGGGAGGGCUCAUUAAAUACUCGCCACUCGACUACUUCGUAAAACAUGUGAGCAAGUUUGUUUACAAUGACCUACGAGAAAAAAAUUGUGAAAAAAGAGAGAACCUAUCUACUGUAGGGUGACAAUGUAAACAGCGAAUGAACAUGUAGGCGUAUAAUGUCUUCAGCGAAAACAUCAACAUGUAUUCUUUUAAGUCAAUGACAAAAUGUGUCGAUGGACAACGAGGUAUUCAGUGAGGAUAGAUCAUAUCGCCAACAACGAUGUGCACAAAAUGUUGAUAAUUACUCUAAUAGACAAAGCUAAAUAUAUUUUGACUGUGAAUGGAAAUGAAAGUGUAAAUAUGAAAAUGCAUCUUUUCAGGUUUUCUAAUGCCCCUUCAAUAUAAAAUAAAAAAAAACUUCAUGACAUGUUAUGAAGUAUUUAUAGCAUGGGUUGGAUUUGUAAGUCUUUGAUUUAGAGUUUGAAAUACAUUGCAGUAAGU